CAAUGACCGACUACACGCAGCCAGGACGCCCUCGUCUCCCUCCCGCAUUAACGCCGGGGCACAUCAACUUUGCUUCUUCGCCCUGAUGGAGCGAUCACACGAUGCCCAUGAGUCGCUCUGAGCCUCUGACCAUCCGGCACCGGUGUCUCGUGGCCUCAAUUCCGUCACUCACUCGCUCGCCGUGUCCUCCCGUCCCGGCCGGGUCUUCUCCGUGGAUAAGCCACAGCCAUGGGACGGGUCCGGAGGGGCAUGGCGCCAUUGCGAGCCGUCCAGAGGACCAACGACGCGGCUGCCGGAGCCGUCGGAUGGACCGGCCGGGGAACUCCUAGACUGUGGGAGCAGUAGGUAGGUAGGUAGCCUUUCCGUUUUCAACCCGCGUUCGCGCCAACGCGGCAGUGCUAAAAAGCAACUGUACGAGUUCCUGUUCCAGCUCAAGAGCCGGACACUCAACAGACAGAGUACGUACAAGCGACUGGUGACCGUGUGUGUUUGUGUGAUUUGAUUGGGGUGUUGCCAUGGCCGGAUCGGGAAGCGAUGGGGCUCCAGCGACCGCCGGCGCCAGCCUAAUGAGCGACUACCUCGACGGCCCAAACGCCAUCCAACGGCGCGCUGCGUCGGUCGCAAUCGUGCGCUCCGGCGCGGGGGCAGGGGACGGCCCGCGCGUCGUCGACGGGCCCGGGCGGGAGGACCGGAGGGCGCAGUCGUCCCGACGAGCCUCGCUGUCGUUAUGGCGCUCUCGGGCGCCGGCCACGAAGACGGCGGCCGUUGACUCGAUACCCAGCUCCGUCCCGGGCGCUGCCGCGCCGCGGGGUGCCAAGGAUAAAGGGUCCUCGACGGCGUGGAGGAGCUGGAAGCCGGUGCGCGCGCUCGCGCACCUCGGGAAGCGCCGCGCGGGGUGCCUGUUCUCGGUCGAGGUCGACGCCGCCCGCGGCGUGCCGGCGUCCAUGGAAGGGUUCCGCCUCGCCGUCACCGUGCGCAAGGCGGAGACCAGGGACGGCUCGGUGCAGACCCUGCCGUGCCGGGUGCGCGGUGGCGCCGCGGACUUCGACGAGACGCUCUUCGUCAGGUGCAACCUCUACUUCGCCGGCGGAGCCGGCACGGGGAAGCCGCUCCGGCUCCAGCCGCGGAGGUUCGUCGUAACCGUCGUCGCCGUCGAGGGACGAGGACGGGGCGCCCUUCUGGGCACGCACACCGUCGACGUCAGCUCGCUCGUGCUCGAGUCUCUCCGCAAGAUCAGCUCCGAGGGACGCCGCGUCAGGUGGUUCGACGAGACGUUCGCGCUCUCCGGCACUGCGGCCGGCGGAGAGCUGCAGCUCAAGCUCGGGUUUCAGCUCAUGGAAGACGCAGGGCUCAGCCUGUACACGCAGGCCGAGGAGAGGGACCGCGGGUCUCCGGCUCCGGGCUCCUCUCGUGCCAGGGCUCACAACAGGAACUCCUUCAGCAUUUCAAGCACGCCCAAGCUUUCGCCAUCUGACGCUUCCGUCUCACCUUCCAUGAGGGCCUACAAGCAGCUUGUCGAUAGGCUUCGUGUCGACGAGAAUGGAGAUCCUGAUCAUCAUCCUGCGGUACGAUCUCUGAUGCCUCGGAAGCCCGGCGACGACGAGCUUUCGGCAUCCACCACCGACGCCGGGGACGUGAACAGCCUCCCCGAGUACGAGGUCGUGGAGAAGGGCGUUGAGACGGUUAAAGAAGUCGUCCACUACCAGGCUCAACGCGAGGUGCUGCGGGAGCUCGACUCCAUUGCCGAGCAGAUCGAGGCCAUCGAGGCGCUGAUGACCAACGGCGGGAAGAAGUCGCCCAGGGCGGCGGGUCAGCAGCAGCGUCUGGACGCGGAUGAAGAGAUGGUGACGGUGGAGUUUCUUAGGAAGCUCGAGGCGGACGGUGUCGGCGACAAGAAGAAGCUCAGGCUGCCCUUGACGCCGAGAUCCGAGCCGGCGUCGCCAGCAAGGAAGGCGGUGACGACUCCGCCCGUGGUGCCAGACUUGGGGCGGGGCAUUGGCCCUGCCGUGCAAACGCGUGACGGCGGGUUCCUGGUGUCCAUGAACCCGUUCGACCUGCCGCUGGGGAACAGAGAUGGGCCCCCAAAGCUCGCCAUGCAGGUGUCCAGGCCUUUCGUGCUGCCGGGCGCCACGGCGGCCACAGGGUUCGACGUGCUCCAGAAGAUGGCGGCGGCAGGCGGCGCCGACGAGGUGCGCGACAGGGUGGCGUCGCUCGGCGGCAUGGAUGACAUUACGGGGAAGACGCCCGAGCAGGUGGGCUUUGAGGGCAUCGCGGCGGCUGUGAUCGGCGGGCGACGCACCGAGGGCGCGAGCUCGAGCGCCGCGCGGUCCGUGCGGCUCGUCCGGAAGCUCGCCGUGGCCUUGUCCGAGGGCCGGAGCGAGCGCGUCUCCACGGGCAUCUGGAGCGCCGGUGACGACCCGGAGACGCUGGACGAAGUUUUCGCCUUCUCCCUGCAGAAGCUGGAGACCAUGGCCGUGGACGCGCUGGCGGUCCAGGCCGAGAUGGCCGACGAGGACGCGCCGUUCGAGGUCUCCGCGGCCGCGGGGGACACGGGCGUGUUCGACUCGCUGGUGCCCUCGGACGAGUGGUCCGAGUCUGGUGCCUCGGACGGGCGCGUCACCCUGGUGGCGGCCAUCCAGGUGCGCGACCCGUCGCGGCGGUACGAGGCGGUGGGCGCGCCCAUGGUCGCCGUCGUGCAGUCGGCGAGGCUGUUGGGCGCGGCGGGCUACAGCGCCGGGAGGUUCAAGGUACGAAGCCUGCACGUCGGCGGCGUGCAGAUGAGGUGCACGCCGUCCGGAGGUGGCGGGAGCGCGCGCUGGGGCGCGGAGAGGCAGAAGCUGACGGCGAUGCAGUGGAUGCUCGCGCACGGGCCGGCCCGCGCUGGCAAGAGGGCGGCGACGACGACGGCGCAGGCGGGGGCGAGAGUGCAGCGGCCCGACGUCGUGUGGAGCCUGUCGUCGCGGGUGCUCGCCGGGAUGUGGCUUAAGACGGUGCGGAACCCGGACGUAAGGAUUGGCGGCGGCGGCGGCGGCACGUGAGGUCAUCUGCAGUCUGCUUCUUGGCUACGUGCAGUAUGACUGCGUGAGAGCAUCGAGCAUAGAUUCCAUGAUGAUAGAGUAUCAUAGUAUGCAGACAUACAAGUAACGUCAGUAUUGUGGAAUUGCAGUUUGUAUGGUAUGGUAGUGUUACAACUUUAGAUUGUUAUUUUGGUGAGUGUUCCUUUAAGUUGCUAUCAGUGGUAUGCCAGAAAUGCCUUGCAUACACCGUGUAUCCAGCGUAUACACUAUAUAUACAAAUAUAUUUAUGAAAAAAAAUCUAAAAAUAUCAACGAAUAUUACGCUAA